AAAAAUUUUUUUUUACAUGUUUACAGACAUCUUCACAAAACAAUUGACAAAAAUUGACAGCUGUAUACAGAUGUAUUAGUGCUGCAACGAUGAAUCUAUUAACUUAAUUCGAUUAGAAAAAAGAUUCUAAUUAAAUUUUGCUGCUUCGAGUAUUUGUUGAAUUUAAGUGGCGUUGUAAUGGUUUGUUUUGAAAGUUGCAUUUAGUUUUAUUGAUUUGGGUGGAUACACUGCCCUCUAGUGGCAACAGUGAAUAUGACAUAACUCAUUUCACAUGGCUGAAUCCAGCUGCUCCCUGUUAAGACCAACAUAAGCAAAGUUUUGGUUUGAGCUAAUAUUUUUUUUAAUGCACCCAUAAUUUAGUUUAUAGGUAUAUUUAGCCGUUUUGAUGGGAAUAUGUGUUUGAAGCAUUUGUGAAGAACAUUGGGGAAAAAAACGUUAGCAUUAAGCUAGCAAACGUUUGCUAUGUAAGUUAGCCAAUUGUUCUUUUGUUGUACUUAGAUCCUCAUUUAUUUUUUAUACCGUUUGAGGCUCAGCUCAGGUAUUUUAAUUUAUAAUGUUCCUUAGCCGAUUACUUGAUUAUUUGAACUAACUAGUUCAUCGAUUAAUCGGCUACUAAAAUAAUCGAUAGCUGCUGCCCUAUAUUCAAUCGUGAUUAUACAGUAAAACAAUAAUAUACAGAGUUUAACAUGUAACAAUGAUUAGGAUUUUUAAAUUAAUUGCUAAUUAGUCUCAUUGAGUUUAGUGUAUUUCUUACAGGGGAAAAAAUGAAAAAAUGGGUGGUUUCUUUAGAGAACUUUUGCUUGUUCAUAAAAUUUAUCAUAAAGAAUUAUAAAAUGUAUUAAAUAUUCAAAACUAUUAUCUUUGGGGUGAGUGGAAUCAUAAAUAAUGUAUUUUAAAUUCAGAAGCGCAGAGUAGCAUGAAGCUCAAGCAGAAGUUAGUCACGCCCACCAAGAACAACAUUUCAUCGUAAAAGCACAUAGUUCCAUGUUCGCGCAAAAAUGUCCUUAAUUUAACUACACUAGAGUGGUAGACGGGGAAUAUUAUAGUUCACUUAGCUUCGUCACUCGUGAGAAUACGCCUUCAUACAUAUUUUAGGUUAUACUGUCCUACUCAUAAUUUAUUUUGAAAAUAGGCGCAACCAUUAGUUCCGUAUCCUCAAACGUAGUCAUCAUGACAGUAGUAUGUUGUACUUAGUGUACUCUCCGUUUUUUCGUCAUUUUAGUAACGAUUACCUCACUUUUAAGUGCCCAUGGGGGGGAAAAAUAAACAGCGAACUAAAGGAAAUGUUCGGCCGUCCAGUAGCGGCCGGGCUGCGGAGGUGUUAACCCGGGAAGGUGGCGCGAUCCCGGGUUUCGUUGGCUUCGAUACAACGGUGUCCUCGGAGUUGAGCUACGUGCCUGCUUUCCAUGGCGCAGAGGAGCUUGACAGUCUGGUCGAUGCAGACUUCAGACUGGUUCUUCGAAAACUAUCGAAGAGGGAUGUCGUCACCAGAUUGAAAGCUGUACAGGAUUUUGGAUCGAUGUGUCAGGAGCGUGACGCCGAAGAUGUAAAGGGUGUCCUUCCUUACUGGCCUAGAAUUUACUGCAAGAUUUCAGUGGACCAUGAUCGUCGGAUCAGGGAGGCCACCCAGUUGGCCCUUGAGCAGUUGGUUCUGAAAGUGCGUCGCAGUUUGGCUCCAUUCCUGAAGAGCUUGAUGGGCCACUGGAUCCUGUCCCAGUGCGACACCUACACACCGGCAGCCUCCGCCGCGCGUCGAUCUUUUCAGUCCGCUUUUUCGGCUGUCAAGCAGCCGGAAGCCCUUAGCUUUUGCAAAGACGAGAUCUUUAAUGUCCUCCAGGACAUUUUAUUGAAGGAUACUGCAGACACACUCAGUGAUCCUCAAACUUUGACAGAGGAGGAGCGAGAAGCCAAAUAUACGCGAAUGCUAACUAGCUCACUUUUGGGAGUGAAGAGAUUGCUUUCCCUGUUGCCUCAAAAUGACAUGGCUGCCAUGCAACAGAGACUUGCUCAUCUUGUCAGUCCUGCAAAGUUCUGGAAGUACAGCAGACAUAAAACACCUCAGGUCAGAGGGGCUUUCUUCGAGAUGCUAUGUGCUGUGUGUGAGUUUACGCCGAGCCUUGCGCAAAAUGAGGCAGCACGUCUCUGUCCAGCUGUUCUCCUCAGCAUCGACGACACAGAUCCACUGGUGCUUCCAGCUGUGUGGGAAGCUGUUCUUCAUGUGGUGUCUUCCAUACCUGACUGUUGGACACACGUCAACCCAAAGAAGGGCUUUCUGCCAAAGUUGUGGGCUCUUUUAAAAGAAGGGGGCAAAGGCAUGGCUAAAGCUCUUCAUCCUAAUUUGAUGCCAUUGCUCAGUAAACUGCCUGAACAGGUGACCGAUGUACCUUUGGAGUUCUACACGACUUUCUUCACUUCACUCAUACUUGGUAUUUCCAGUGAACGAGCAGCCAAUAGCCCUUCAGAAAGUGCUGUGAUUGUGUCGGCCACCAUAGAGUGCUUGAGGUUCUGCUUACUGCGCCAUUCAGCGGAGGAGGAGGAAGAAGACGUACCGGAGGAUCAGGCCAAAAUUCGAAACAUGCUUAUUUUACAACAGCUCUUGCCACUACUUGAAAGCGCAGUUGAGAACCCCACCCUUCAGAACGGGCCCCUGUUCCCGUUGGUCACUGAAAUGCUUGUUUCUUGGGAGAAAAGAGCCGGAGGCGAUUUGAAAGCCCACAAAAACGUCUUUGGAGGACUUGUGGCAGACUUCUGGGAGGAGCUCGGUCUCGUGUUUACGCGCCACACAGAUUGCGAGGAAGCCGAUCCACAAGCUUUGGAGGGGAUCGCUGUCUUGCUGCAGGUGAUGCGCGACCCAGAGAAAGUGAACAGAAGGCACACAAUCAAGAAAAAGUCAGUCAAGAUUUGUUUGUCUGAGUCUGGAGGUAGUAGCAAGCCCAGCGUGGAGGGAAGUGAGACGAUGAAGGCUGAGCCUGCGCCGGCUAAUGUUUACGGAUCCCCGCAGACCCACCAUUUUGAGGAAGUGGUGUGCCAGCUAGCGCAAUUGUGCCUGGUACAUGUAAAUGAGAGAAACUCGGAGAGACAUCUUGUCUUCCUUUCCCAUCUCUUGCAGUCUUUUCACACACACAAAAUCUUCACUACGUUGGUCGAAUUGGAUGACGGCGUCAAAGAUUUCAGCGAGAAGAGAGUGGACAAUCCGGCUGUGCGCUUCCUGCUGGAACGAGCGGUGCCGUGGCUUGCCGAUGAGACUCGGACAGACACGGAGCACCUUGUGGAGAUGGUCUUUAGUUCACUGUCUUGCUGCAGCCGCCAGGAGACCACGCGUAUCCUCGACCACAUUACAAUGAUGGAACUACACUGCGGAAUCACUCACCAAAUCAUCCAAAGAGCUUGUGUUGACCAAGACACGCUUGCCAGUUGUAGAGACUGGCUCAAAGGUUCAAUUCUGGGCGAGCAUCUCUGCAAAUUAACCAAGGAGCUCUGCAAGGUCUGCUCCACCUCUGCUUCAUCCAGCAGCCGCCACAGUUGGACACUCAUCAGCCUGGUUCUAUCACAACACAACAACAAUGAACCUCUGAUUGGAGAGAUGUACAUGGAGAAGAUACUUGAGAAUCUACAUGCAACGCUGUCUGAGACCAAGAGUCUGUCAGACGCUGGCAACAUAGAGCCACUUGUCUCCUUCAUUUGCGACGUGACUUCCACCUUUUUCUCUUCUGUACAAAACUGCCUGCUUCUCCCUUCUGCUGAGGAACUGCUGCUCACAGUCUUCCAGCUCAUCGCCCAAGAUCAAACACACACUUAUUUGUCAGACACCCUUUUAGACAAAAUGGGGAAGGUAUGCAUUGCCGGUGUACAGUCCCUGGUCCAACACGCUCAGAAUGAAGUGGUCCAUGGUGGUUUCCUGCACAGUGCCGCACUCUGGGUGCAGACAAGACUACUCACUGUGUCUUUAGAUAUCAAAAGUUUGCAGUAUUUGGCUCUGGCUGUACAGAGCAUAGUGGAGACUAUCACCUCUAUCUGCGAUCAAGACUCCGCCCUCCUUUCCCAAUUCUUUACCCACUUGAUCCCCAGUGUUACUAGUUGGGCAAAACUCAGGCAGGCCCUGCCUUCACAUUGGGUCAACACACCUUUGCUGGCUGGCCGUUUCAGGGGCGUUUUUGAAACGAGCAGUGAGGGGAAAUUCAAAGUGAAAAUGCCGAAUGCCUUACCAGCCCAUUUAUGUACAUGUGCGCUGCUUGGAAAGGUGACUCGUGCUGCCUCACUAUCAAAUUGCAACCAACAGAGUGACAAGUGCCAGUCACAGCUACCGAACCUGAUAGACACAGUGGCAGAGCUGCUGUAUGCACUUCAGUGGUGUAAGGAGGUGGACUAUGCACCUGCUAUUGUGUCCACCUAUCACAGCCUUCUCACUGAGUGGGGACUGUCAGGGGGUCUGCAUGACUUGGUUGCAACCACAGAUUUGCUGGAGACGCUCUACUCAAGAUCCGUCGAGCAUGGUGGUCUUUGGGCUCUAACACUGGAGAACUACAUCCAAAGCCACAACCUGGCAGACACUCACAGCUCAAGCCUGAGGAAGCUGUACGAGUCAAUGGAUAAUUUGUUGCCGGUAUCUCCAAGCAAACUGAGCACGCUCCAGGUGCUCUGCCCCACUAUAACGGAGGAAGAGCUACAGACUCUGGUUGCCCUGGCCACUGCGGGAAUCAUCAACUGGGAAGAAGACAGCGAUGUGUACAGCAGUGUUGCAGUGCUGCUAUGUUGUCUGCAAGCUGACACACAAGUAGAGGACGAGGUCGUGCUGGCUAUUUUGUCCACCAUGAUGGAGUGGAGGACCCACAAGGAGGAUUGGUUCCUUUUUGGCAGUGACCUUUCUAAAGUGACUACACAACAGCUGAACCUGACAGUGGAAUUGAUGCGUUUCCUGUCCUGGCUGGUGAAACGCUGUCCGACACUGCUCCGAAAUAACCAGUGGGAUUUUUUACUUUGUGCUAUGCUAGCCUGGUUGGAGGCAGCCAGCGACAACGUGAGCUGCCUGUGGAAUCCGUGGGUGCAGCUGUUUGUAUGCGAGAACACCGCUCUGAUUGUCAACUUGAGCCACUUCUUUGCAUCUGCCACGCCUGACGCCCUGGAGAGGCUGCCGUCGGAACUCGUGGCAGAAUGGCAAGACUUCUUUGUGGAAGGAAUCUACAACUUAUUGUUACCCAUGCCUGUCAAGAUCACAGAUGCCUUCAAAGAACCCGACGACCCCGUCUUUCCUCUGGCGGUGCUGCAGUCGCUCGGUGUGGCUCUGACCUACGUGCCCGUGAAGCAGCUGAACCAGAAUUCCCUGCCGGCAAAAUUUGUAGCGGGCCAGAAGACCAACCUGCCACAGCCUUUUCAAACGCUUCUGAACACUUUCUGUCCUUUGCUGGUCUUCAAGGCCCGACCUCUUCAAGUCACAGUGUACCACUUGUUGGCAAAGGUCAUGCCUGAACUGCCGGAAUGCGACGGAGAAGGAGACAGCGUCAAGUCUGAUGACGAGGGUGACGAGCCAAGCCUCUCUCCUCCGGCUGCUUUGAUGGCUGUUCUGUCAACCUGCGAAGAGUUAUGCGACAGCAUCCUGGCAGGAGUUCAAGUAGGAGAGUUUGCCGUGGUCUCUCCUCAUAGCGUGGAGUACUCGUGCAUUCUGGGAUACCUGCUGGCUUGGAAGCUACUUCUCACAUUUUUCAGGUCGUCACCCUCCCAUCUGCGAGCCAAUUAUGCCCAGUAUCUCAAGAAAACCUGCUCCCUGAACAAACUCCUCCUUCACCUCUUCAAACUGAUGCCUGAGAAUCCCAUCUACCCGGGCCAAACAGCAGAAAUGAGAGACUCCAAAACCUUUUUCACAGAGAAUCUUUCUCUAGCAGUUGACAAAAGGGAUAACAUCGUGCAAGAGCUCUCCCACCUGGCUUGUAGUGUCUUCUAUUGCACAGUGCAGGAUCUGCCUGCUAUGGUGCGGCUGUGGUGGAAUAGUCAGGAAAAGCGCGUGAGUGCUACUGUGGAGAAGUUCACCACCAAGUACGUCAGUCCAGUCCUCUCAGCGCAAGAGAUCUCGUCGGUCCACGACAGCACGCAAAUGUUUGAGAGCAUGUCGGUAAAAGCCCGCUCUGCUGCACGGGAGGUGAUUGCCACCUACUCGGUGGAUGAGAUUUUCAUCGAGCUGGUGAUUCAGCUCCCGCAGAACCACCCACUGGGCUCGGUCGUUGUCGAGAGCGGGAGGCGGGUAGGCGUCUCAGUGCAGCAGUGGAGGAACUGGAUGCUGCAGCUCAGUACAUACCUCACGCAUCAGAACGGUAGCAUAAUGGAAGGCCUGGCACUGUGGAAGAACAACGUGGACAAGCGUUUCGAGGGAAUCGAGGAUUGCAUGAUCUGCUUCUCGGUUAUUCACGGCUCCAACUACUCGCUGCCCAAGAAGGCCUGUCGCACAUGCAAGAAGAAAUUUCACUCCGCGUGCUUGUACAAAUGGUUCACAUCCAGCAACAAGUCCACGUGUCCACUCUGCAGAGAGACCUUCUUCUAACGCACAGCCUCUCUACACCGCUUGAGUUCGUUGCGAUGAUUUUAUUUGAUUGUUUCUUUUUUGACCAAAGUGACAAAUCGUUUGACUGUUUUGAUUUCGCCAAUUACCAGUGUGGAAUUAUGAUACCACAGCACAUGAGACAUCAUAUGUCUUGAUUAUCAUCACCAAUCAAUGCAUUUAAAAAAAAAAAAAAAAAAAGAUAUAUAUUUUGUUUUUUUCCUUCCAAGAUCAGCUGCUUUUGCCUUAAAAUAAACUGUCGAAAGCUGAUCUAUUUUACACAGUGGAAGGGAAAAAAUGCAUGCAGUGUCCAAUCAUGCAGUGUCCAAUUAAGUUUCCAACAUAUUUUCCUAAUAUUUAGGAGUAUAAAAGAUGUGACAUCCAAGCUGGUACAACAGUUCAUCUUUAGAGAUGAUGUUAAUGUCAGUGUGUAAUCUACACAUUACAAAUACCCACCCCGUAAAAUGUGUGAUGAUCAUGUUGCGUCAUGCAUAUAAUAAAGUACAAAAGGUUAAUUCAUUGGGUCAUUUAUUUGCUAUUGAAAAUUUGAGAGUGUGAGGCAUUGAUAUUAUCAGUGUCUCAUGAAAUAUCACUGAAAUUGCCCUUUGGAUUUGAUCUGAUUUUCCAGAUGAAAAAUAGUCACAUGAAAACGUUGGGUUUUUGUUGCAAGAGACAAUACAGUAUUUUGUGUGUGAGAAAUAUCACAGUGCUACUACAGUCCCUGACAAAAAUCUUGUCACUUAUCCAUUUUGUAGAAACAAUUGCUAAUAACCGGACUUUUAAUUAUUCAAUUGGUUUCAGAAAUGGCUCAUGAAAGCUAAGACCCUCCCAAAUGAUGUUGACUGUACAAAAAUAUGUUUCACUGAAAAGAUUUAUCAUUUAAUGAAGACAUAAAGGGCAAAUUUUGGCAAGACAAAAGUUUUGUCGCAUAGAGAAAGUAGUGUGAGAAUUGAACAAAAAAUGUACUUCAAAUACAAAAAUAUGUUACAUAAGCGAAUUAAUUAGUGGUGCUGUGAGAUCCAAAUUUAAUAUUUUGUAUGAGUUCCAUGGGCUUGAAGGACUGCAUCAUCCAUGUGGUUCGGCAAGGAUUCAUACAAUUUACUGAUGAAAUCAUCAGGAACAUCAAAGAAAGCAGUCUUGCAUGCCUCCCAGAGUUCAUCAACAUUCUUGGGUUUCGUCUUCCCUGCUUCCUCUUUCAUCCUGUUCAAGUCGGGUGACUGGGCUGGCCAGUACUGGAGGAUCUUGAUCUUCUUUGGCUUG